AGAAUAAGCGAACAAAACAAACGAAAAAAAUUUCUGUAAAAUUGUUUUUCAAUUUUGCGGAAGAAUUAUUCGGACUAAAAAUUAUAUUGGUAAUUCAAAAAAUAUUUGAGUUGUGUUUUGAAGACAAAAUAAUUAUAAACAAUAACUGUACAACCAGUGAAAAUGGUAUAAUGUCGACGAAAAAGUGGAAAAACACUUUAAUUAAAAAUGCUAUACACACAUAUGCAUAUGUAAUGAGGAAAUUUUAGAGCUGCAGUUUUCAUUAAUGGUUAAAGAUAGCAAUUGGAAAAUUCGCGUCGUAUUGGAGUGAGUUUUCUUUGGCCAACGUUUGUCUAACAAUAAUCACAAUUUAGGAAUAUACAUCGAAAACUACGCUUUGUAAUGUCAUUCGACAAAUUGCUGUACAAAUUCGAUGACCCACAUGGGCCUGGCGACGUUUAUUUUAUUUGGCAAAAAGGUACCUUGGGUGGCCUAUUGGCUACCACUGGUUCGGACGGUUCAGUUGCGAUAUUCAAUCGCCAAGGCCAAUUGGUUGAACGUUUACUGUUAGCUGGAUUAUGUUCCGGUUUUGCAUGGGAUAAUUGCGGCGAUUUAUUGGGUAUUAUUAACGCCAGUACGCCGGUCAUCACUAUAUGGGAUGCCAGCACACAAUUGAAAACGACCAUUGAGUCAGGCUUGCGCGAUCCGCUCACUUGUAUAGUGUGGUCCAAACAGGAACAAGUGUUGGCUGUGGGCACAGCGCGUGGCAAUUUGGCUAUUUAUAACCAUCGCUCAGGCAAGCGUACGCCGAUUUUGGGUAAACACAACAAGCGUAUUACAUGCGGCGCUUGGUCAGCACAAAAUUUACUAGCGCUCGGCUCAGAUGAUAAAAGUUUCAGCUUAAGUAAUGAAGCUGGUGACACAGUGCGUGUGGUGCAAUUGCGUGAUGCGCCCACUGAUAUGUAUUUCUCACAAAUGGCUAGUGAGGAGCGUGUCAGUGGCAGUAAUGGUAGUUUGGGCGAUGCUAGCGGUAGUGUAAGUGGUGUUGGUGCUGGUGCUAGUGGUGGUGGUGAAAAUACCGUUAGCAUGAUUAUCGGCAAGCGUACUUUGUUUCUGUACUAUUUACCCGAACCGGAUGCGCCAACGGAGCUGGGUUUUCAAAGUCGUUACGGUUCGUUGUUGCAGCACAAAUGGUUUGGUGAUGGUUAUAUUUUGUUGGGUUUCUCGAAUGGGCAUGUUGUGGCAAUAUCAACGCAUCCACGCGAUGUCGGCCAAGAAUUGUGGCAAGUGAAAAAUCAUAAAGAGGAAUUAACUGGUGUCGCAUACUGUCCAUCAUUGGACAUAGUGGCGUCGUGUGGCGAUGAUACCAUAAAAAUCCAUUCAAUUACGAACUUACAAGAAACCGAAAAAAUCAUAACCGUGCCUGACCAUUCGGGUGUGCAAAUGAUCGACUGGUCCAGCGAUGGGCAAUUACUAGCUGUUACCUCCAUGGCUGGCACAGUUUAUAUAUAUGUUACCAAACUAACGGUGCUGUAUGCCGUCUCACCGCCGCGCAUUGCUAUUUUGAGCAGCUUGUCAGAGGUGUCUAUUUACGUCUACUCGCCGGAGAAGUCGUCCAAACCUAUACCAUAUCGUCUGAGUCUAGUUGACGAGCCUAGUUUCCUGGCAAUCGGCCCAUAUCAUCUUGCAACCGGGCUCGACAAUCACGUUUGGUUCUAUGACCUGGGUAAGACGUUGGGUGAUCAGCCGCAGUUGCUUAGCGAGCGCGAUUUCCCUGCGCCCAUUACUGAUUUCGGUCUGAACGCCGAUUACUGCGCGGCACUAUGCGGUCCACGCUUGUCAUUGCAAGCAAUCGUAACGGAUAAUCCGAAUGUCAAGGAUAAGCUUUCGCAGACAUUUCCAACCGCGUUGGCGGCGCUCAACGAAGCUGUGAUCACGUGCUUCUGUUUGACGCAAGAAUUCCUAAUCUUCGCCACCGAUCUCGGUCAUCUUAUAUACUUUUCGCUGGAUAAAUGGGAUGUCUGCACUAAAUACUCUCAUAACAUGGGCAUACGAAAGCUGUAUACCGAUACGGAGGGCACGAAAAUAAUAUUUGUUGAUGAACAUGGUCAAGGUUAUGUUUUUCUGCCGGCUUUGGAGGAAGCUAUCAUUAUAACGGAUUUUCCGAAAAAAUGCGAAGGCUGCUUAUGGGAUGUAGCACAACAGCACGUAUUUAUAACCUUCGACACUAAAUCGGUGACCACACACGUCUUCGUGCGUUACUCGGUGAAUGGUAAACAUACAUUGAAAAUUGGCGAAAGCAAACUGAAUGCGGCGCAGUUGCCGUUGAUGUUGUGCGACGGUGAAAUGGUGCUGCACAUCGAUGGCGGUCAAUAUGCUACUCAGACGCUGUCCACACACCUGGUUACGCCGAGCAUUAGUCCUAGUGUGAAUUUAAAAACGCUUUUGAGUCUCAAAAAUUACGUGGAGGCCUACAAGACUUGCGAGCGCAUGAAUGCGCGUUCCGGUUGGUUGGAAUUCGGUGAGCAGGCGAUAGCCGAUUUGGAACCAGAUAUCGCUUUACGUGGUUAUCGCCAUAUCGCCGAUGCCGCUAUGGUCAGCGCCUUGGAGAAUAUGCGCUACAUUGAGGAUGUAACCAUGCUAACUGGCUUUUGUUGCCUUCUGUUGGGGAAAUAUGAUGAGGCGAAAGAUAACUUUUUGCGCGGCUCAUAUACCAAAGAAGCGCUCGAAAUUUGCCGUGAUUUGUUGCAGUGGGAGCAGGCAUUGUUGUUGGCGCAUAAAUUCGAACCAGAUGAGGUGCCCUUUAUCGCGCGUGAAUAUGCUCAGCAGUUGGAGUUCACUGGCAACUACGCUGAUGCAUUGUAUCAUUAUGAAAAGGGCUACAAAGAAGAUCUGAUUAAUGACCACGAAGACGAGCUGACGAACGACUCGCCGGAAUAUGAGGAUCAUGUACGCCAAUGCAAAAUGGGCAUAGCGCGCACUUCGAUACGUGCUGGAGAUUUUCGACGCGGUAUACAAUAUGCCGUCGAACUGAAUGACAAACAAUUGCUAUUUGAUUGCGCGGAACUGCUGGCUACCGUCGGUCACUAUACCGAAGCCGCUGGCCUCUAUGAGCGCGGCGAAUACUACGAUGAGGCCUGCAGCCAUUACAUCAAUCUGAAAAUGUGGCACAAAGCCAAUCAGAUAUUGCCACAGGUGCAGAGCACGAAACUACACGCCGCCUACGCCAAGGCCAAGGAGGCAGAUGGGCAAUAUCAAGAGGCUAUCAAUAGUUAUCGCAUUGCCGGCGACUUAGACGCUUGCGUGCGCAUCUAUCUGGAUCAUUUGGUCGAUCCACAUGCGGCGUCCGAAAUUGUGCUCGAGUCACGCUCCAUGGAGGCGGCAAAGAUGCUGGCGAAAUUCUAUCAGAAAAUCGGCGACAUAGAGCAGGCGCUACAAUUUCUAGUCAUUUGCGGUUGUUUGGAGGAGGCGUUCGCACUCGCGCAGCGUCACAACAAGCUCAAACAGCAUGGUGAACUGCUGCAACGCUACGAGAAUGCCAAGUCCAGUGAUUAUCUCGCACUGGCGCAUUACUUUGAGGCGGAAAAGUAUACACUCUUGGCUGGCAAGUAUUAUUUUUUGGCGCGCGAGUUCAGCAAAGCGCUGCGCUUUCUGCUGAAAGCAUCCGCUUUUAGCAACGAAGAGACGCAAGCGCUCUCACUGGCCAUCGACUGUGUGGCGACGUCGAAUAAUGAACAGCUCGCCACACAGUUGAUUGAAUUCCUGUUGGGCGAAGUGGACGGCGUGCCCAAAGAUCCGCGCUAUCUGUUCCGCUUGUAUAUGGCGCGCAAGCAUUACAAGGACGCCGCCAAGACCGCGGUCAUUGUGGCGAAUCAGGAGCAAAUAGCCGGCAAUUAUAAGACAGCGCGCGAUAUGCUCUUCUCCAUGUACCAAGAGUUGCGUCGCAAUAACUUGGCGGUAUCGGCGGAUAUGCGCCACAAUCUGAUACUCCUGCAUCGCUAUACUUUGGUGCGCAUACACGUGAAGCUCGGCAAUCAUCUGCUGGCCGCCAAGCUGUUGGUGCAGGUCGCUGCCAACAUCUCGCAAUUUCCGGAACAUAUUGUGCCGAUCCUCACCUCGACCGUAAUCGAAUGUCAUCGCGCUGGCUUGAAGAAGUCCGCCUUCCUGUACGCCUCGAUGCUGAUGCGUCCUGAUUAUCGGCAUCAGCUGGAUGCGCGUUAUGCGAAGAAAAUCGAGUCCAUUGUACGCAAAGCGCCGAAGGGCAUCAAAAUGCUUAGCGAUGACAUUGAGGCCGAGACAAUGGAAUGCCCGAUUUGUGGCACGAACUUGCCGAAUAUGGAGGUGACUUGUCACAGCUGCAAGACGACGCUGCCCAUUUGUAUAGCAACGGGUCAACAUAUUAUCAAACAGCAAAUGACUUCGUGUCCGGAAUGUGAUUUCCUUUGCUUUCGCGCCGAAAUGGAAAAAAUACUUUCGGAGCUGAACGCGUGCCCGAUGUGCGGCGAACACGUUGCGCCCGAACAGCUGCUCGAUGUGGAGGACAUACGUCCGUAUAUUUUGGCCUCGUCCUAGUGACUUUUUUGGUUGUAUUGAUCCCUAGUUUUAAGUCUAAUUUGUAUAGUCAUUGUGUAUAGUAAUAAGUAUGCACGUUAAUUUGCACCGUUAUAUCUUCAUAUGAAUAGUUAGCUAGAGAUUUUGUACAUACAGUUUUAAUAAAAGUAACACACCUGCAAGGAA